UAAUACUUUGCACACCAGCGGUGAGAAGCCCUCUUUUGUUCCACGCAGACCGACCUCAGCCUUGUGCACACCGCGCAACCGCCCUCCACGCACCAUGUCGCUGGCUUGAGCUCGUGGGUCUCAAGCGCGCUGAUUGCGGCCGGGGCUUCACAGUACACGCGCUCAGUCGGCGCUCAACAAGUAGUACUCCGUAAAUGCAGCAAAACAAUUCGAUCCAGCGUUAGGUUUUUUCCCUCACUCAGUGUUUUACUCGAACACAAACACAGCACUAUUUAUUUCCUGACCAGGUGCGUACCAAAUGUUGUGGACUUGCUAAUUUCUCUUUCGAGUUUCCAUAAAAUUUCACCAAGUUCCUAGAAACAUAAACUCGUUGCGCGCGCUACCUGUCGUUUCGAAUACAGCCCAACCACGUGUCAUAUCGACUGGAAAUUCCCAGGCCCUUCUGAAUGUAUUUUAACAACAUCAAACAUUGAAUCGGUUUCAAUUCGACUGACAGCAUUGAGGAUCGACAAAGUUUCCUUGUUUUAUAACAACGACAUCACUUGCACGCAGAGAGAACAACUGAAAUUUUGAGGACAAAAUCAUCCAGUUAUCUUCAGUCAUGGAAUAUCCUAUUGAGACUGUGUUGCACCAGACACCAGGCCAAGCAUCCCCGAUGUUUUACGCAGAAAGGAUGGACGAGAUCUGGAACGGGGAGUUUGCCAAGGUGUUCCAGCCCUACCUACCCCAUAUCUGGUUUCUUUGCUCAACCGAGGUUUGCCCUAGUCCCCGCUGGCGGCGCUUCAAAGACAGCGCUAAGGUUCGCUUCUGUUGCCAGACCUGUGGUCAUGGCUGGACGUCCAUGAAAGGCCGCGUGGUCUUCUGGUACUUCUUGCACAUUCCGUAUUGUGAGGGGUUUGUUCAGUUCAAACUCUACGGCCAGCAGUGCCAACGGUGCAACAACGGCAUGUUCGAACCGGCAAUGUGGUACCCGGAAGAAGUCAACAAAGUACUUUGCAAUCUCUACAACAGAAUCGGUCAGACGUACUACGGAUUUGUCAAGCCGCCCAUCCGUUACGACCGCCGCGCCGGCAAGCCACGCACGCAGCACAACGCCACGUUGUGUCAAGCGUGCCGUGACGGCGAGUGUGACAGCCGACCACGCACCACCACGCCCACCACGGGGGCAGCAGUCACGCCCACCCCACCACCAGGAGCCACUAAGCUACAGGCUGUCCGGGUGUGACGUCAUGAUUGACAAGUUUACAGUGGAUGCGAUUGGUUGGUACUGCUGCUAUUGCAGAAAACAAGUUUGAAGUUGUACUUCGUUUAUGAGUGUUGCGUGAAAUAAGUCCGAGACAAAAUACGCGCGAGUGGUAAAAAAAGGGUGUUUUGCCUUAAAAAAAAUUUAGCUGUUGACCAGAUUAAAGUGCCUUAUAGCUGUAAAAUCACGCUUCUAAUCUGGCAUAAUCCUCGAGCUGUUUUGUAAUUUUGUGAACCUUAUACCUCUAUGCAUGCACUGAGAGGUUUGUGUUUCUUCCAUUGUUUUAGGCUUAUCGUAAAUUUGCACUCACUACAGAGGGCGCUACAGCUGAUAAUUAAUUGAUAAGGCAGCGGGUACAUUAAAUCUGAACAAAAAUCACUGGCAGUUGCAAGCAUCCUAAGUGGAAGAACAUGGUAUUUUAAUACCAGUUACCAAUUUUAUAAUGACUGACUUUGGCAUGAAUUUUGACCUUUUAGAUAUUCAUUGGAAUUUAUCCAAUCCAACACGUGGGUAGCCCCUCUUGUGUGAAUGUGACAUUAGGUACAUUUAAAACAGUACAAAUUUGUCCGUAAGCUCCAAUAUAGUAUUAAUUGGAUCAAUAUGUAAAGUCAAAAUGACCCUUUCGUGAAAGCAUACGAAAUUUGAAAGCAAGUAUAGAUUACUUUUUUUCAAUUGCCAUGAAUAAUAAGAACUGCACUUGAUGUGUCUUUAUAUAUAUAAUUCAAAAUAGUAAUAGAAUUAAGAUUAUUAACUGUAGUAAAAUCUAUCACUUGUACAGUACAUUAAUUUUAUAUGAAUAUAGGCUUUUUUUAGAUUCGCUUUUUUAGAUUCGCAGAGGCAAGUAUUUUGAAAACUCGUAAGUGCCUAUAGUAAUGUGGUUUGAGACUUGUAUUAUGAGUAAAGUGUUUGACUUGAGUUAUGGGUUAUAAUGCUUUGAUUGAUUAGCUCUUCUUGUGGGUUUUGUCGAAGGAGAGGUUUGUUGGAUGAUACAAAGUAGUUUUGUCCUUUUCCCGUUAAGCGUAGAUUAUUAUAUAUUAUAUAUUCAAAUGCUGUAUUCUUUAUCAAAUCUAUUUAUUUCCUUUUUUGAAUAUUUUACUCAUUAAUAAAUACGCUUUUAAUGAAAGAAUUUGAUCCUCAUCGGGCCGUUGAGAGCUAACCUUAUGUGCGCGGCCCUUUAAUGGUAAAAAGCGCCCUCAUUGACAAGUUAGUUAUAGUUUUUCUCUGUUCUUUUUAGCAGCUGUUUAUUUUUCAUUGAAUUAUUUCUAUUUUCCGUUCCUUGAUUGCAAUAGAUGAUAAACAAUAUUUAUUACUAUAUUUUGAGGUGGCUGAGCUCGGCAAAUAGCAAAUUUAAUGCUGUAAAAAUAUUCAAAUUCAAUUUUUUUGCGAUUAUAGUAGAGAGAGGUUUUGUUAUUACUAGGCAUAUUAGAAUUACGGUAGAAAUCUUAUAAAAAGUAUGACUAUUGUACAUUAAUAUAGUAGCUACUUCUUAUUUAUGUAAAUAACAAAUAACUUCGCUAAAGCAAGAUAUCGUCAUUGAUAUAUCAAAAGUAUCCAUAAACGCAAAUCUUACAUCUCCCUUAAAAACAAGGUAAAGGGAAGCGCUAGGAAGUUUUUUGGGAGUUUCGACGACAAAACUUCCAGAUGAGAAAAUCACUGAAACUUUCCGAUUCCAAAAGCAUAAUUUUACCUAGGAAAGGCUGUUUUCAAAACCUUAAGAUCAUUAUUUCAAAGAAAGAUACACAAGUCUUUUGAACAAUGUUUCGAAACUCUUUCUUCGAGUUUUUAUCAGAACAAAAAAAAACAACACUUUCUUCAUUUUGGCUUGAAGGCUUUCAUCUGGCACGCACGUAAUAUCGUAUUUGUAUUUGUUUAGAGUAGAAACAAGUUAAGUAACCGCUAAAUUAUUUGCAAUUUAACUAUUGCACUAUUUGUAUUUCAUAUUGAUGUUGCGUUCUUGUAUUUGAUAGUACAUGGCUAUGCUAUUAUAACAAUAUUCAACUAACAAGAUAAUUAGUUAAAAAUGGGAAUUAAAUAAUGGUGUAUCUUACUAAAAAAAACCCGAAACAAUGUUCAUUUAAACUAGGCAAAAUAGUCAACAGAUGUUAUGGAAAGAAACAGAGUGUUUAACAGUGUUUGACUCAAAAUCGGUAAAGUCUAUAACUUGGUUUAGGAUUCUCCAAUGUGUAAUAUCACUGGUUUACAAAGAAAGAGAAGGUCACUUUAUACGUUUUUUCUUUUAGGUAUAACACUACCAACGUUAUUGUUGGUGAACAUUAUUAAGUAGGGAUGCAAAUGGGCCAAAAGGGGCGCACAACCUUAAAGGCCCGUGUAAUGUAAUUUUUGUUAGGCAAUCCUUGGAAAUGUACCUUUGAGUCCCAUUUAAUCCUAUUUUCAAUUUUUGUUUUGUCAUUUUCAAGGGUAUUUUUGGUUUUUAUGCUGGUGCAAAUGUACAUAUUCAUGAGCAUAGGUUUGACGUCAUUUCAGGCAGACAACUCAAUGUUACGGCUAUUUAAGCACCAAAAGUUGCCAGAAUUUUGGAUAUUUCGCUUUCAUACAUUUUCUUUUCUUUGGUGAUUUGUUGUGUCAGUACAUGGCAGUAAGCCAUUGAACACAUUUUUUCACAAACAUUUUCAAGAGGCAAAUAUUUGGGGUCACAAUUUGAACAGAAAACCCCUAAACUGAACAGUGUCUUCUUGAAAUGACAUCACAGCAACAGCUCCCUCAGUUGUCCCAAAAAGGAUGUCAACAAUUUUUCAUAUAAUUAUUUAAGAGGAGUAGAAAGUUGCAAAAAUAAGUUCCGAAGACAAAUUCACUGCAUGAACCCUUUAAAGUUUCAUUUGGUAAGUUUAAUUUGAAAGCACCUAAGUAUUCCAGAAAGGAAAGAUGUUUUUUUCACGCUGAUUUCGAAGGGGGCCUUUAAUGACCAAAUUGUUCUCAACAGUGUUAACAAUGGGCGGUAGAAACUUUUGAUUAAUUUGGUUCAAAUGGCAUUGUUGCCUCGCUUUAUUUUAGAUCAGCGCUGAAAGUUAGCUUGCAUUUUAAUUCGUAAUCCUUUCGAUCUCCAUAUAGGCCUUUGGAUGGCAGAGUGCCUCCCUUUUUGGCACGCUAGCCACGUCCAUUACCGUCCGUGCAGACUCAAAAAGUUCAACGAACUAUGGCUGGGCAGGACCCGUAUACUCUGAUGAACUAGUUUUUGCUUUUAUAAAGUCUUAUAUAGUAUAUUAUAAAAUGUUCUUAUGGUAUGGCAACAUUUUUGUACAGCAAGCUUUAAAAUCUUAUUAUUAGCGACUGUGGCGGAGACUAUAAGCCUAUGAUUAAUGUUCUUAAUUUGAAGACUAUAAUGGGAUGAGUCUGUGUGAAAGACCACACCCUUAAAAGCCCCCGUAGUCUUUGUCUCAACAUGUGGUUUGACUAAUCUGGUUUAAUGCAUUAAGGCUUGGUUGACUAACCGCGUAAACUAAAACAGAUCCGCUGGUUAUUAGGUCAUCGUGUAGGUUGUAACACGUGGUAAAAAAAAAGGAUGAGCGUCGUUCACCAAGUUUGAUGCUUACUGAUCAUUCAUAUAAGCUUGUUUAGUCUGGAAUUUUGCCAACACUGACCAGUAAAACAAUUUAAAAUUUGCGUAAAUAAUGCUGGUUUGUGGGGGGCUAAGCUCCGCCCAUGCAUAAUACCGCCAUGACUAAUGUACAUGUAAAUAACAGAUUAGUUUUUACUGUUAUACAUUUUAAGACACAGACAUCUGUAAUUUAAGCUACUAAUUUGCGGUUUUCAGCCGCGCCUGCUUGCGGUCAAUUUCUAAAACUGUAUAGCCAUUACUUUUAGAUGCAGUUUUUGGUUCUCCAAUUUUGGACAACUGAAAUCCACUGCACGAAAACAUGUCUGUAAAAUAAUCUGCAUCUACAAAGUGUCCAAUUGCCAAACUUGGCAAGAGAUAGACACAAAACCAAUUGUUUUAUCAAACACUUAUUCGCAAACCCAACCCAACUGAAACUGAAAACUCACGAAAACUUAGAAGUUGUCUCUUUUCAAGUACAAAAGUGCCUUAAGACUUAAUUGAUGUGAAACGGUUUGUUGUGGUGAGUGAAAAUAAAGUUAGUGAUAAAAACAA